AAAAUCUAUCCCAAAUCUCAUAUAACUAUAUUGAUUAAAUACAAAGAUUCAAAAGGCUAUGGUGCAAACUUUGUCAAACCACUGCUGAAAGUAUUAAAUCAUGAAAAACACUAUGAAGUAGAGAUAAUUCUAGACUCAAAACAAUGGGGACAAGGAACCAAAUAUCUUGUCAAGUAG